AUGUCGGAGGAUAACAACGCAGACAAGUUUAUUAAGGAGUCUUCCAUUCUUGAUGAAUAUAACAUAAACUGGACACAGAAGUUAGGAGCUGGUAUUAGUGGACCUGUGCGAGUAUGCGUGAAAAAGUCAACUCAGGAACGACUGGCCCUCAAGAUCCUCAUCGAUCGCCCCAAGGCAAGGAAUGAGGUGCGCCUCCAUAUGAUGUGUGCGCAACACCCAAACAUAGUUCAGAUUUUGGAGGUGUAUGCUAACAGUGUCCAGUUCCCACAUGAGUCCAGCCCCAGAGCUCGUCUCCUCAUCGUCAUGGAGAUGAUGGAGGGAGGGGAGCUUUUCCACAGAAUCAGUCAGCACAGACAUUUCACUGAAAAGAUGGCCAGCCAGGUCACAAAGCAGAUCAGUCAGGCCUUGGAACACUGUCACUCCUUAAACAUCGCACAUCGAGAUCUGAAACCAGAAAACCUGCUGUUUAAAGACAACUCUCUUGAUGCCCCUGUGAAGUUGUGUGAUUUUGGUUUUGCCAAAAUUGACCAAGGAGACUUGAUGACGCCUCAGUUCACUCCUUACUAUGUAGCACCUCAGGUACUUGAGGCACAAAGAAGACACCAGAAGGAAAAAUCUGGAAUAAUACCUACCUCACCAACUCCCUACACAUACAACAAGAGCUGUGACUUGUGGUCCCUGGGUGUGAUCAUCUAUGUCAUGUUGUGUGGAUAUCCUCCAUUCUAUUCAAAGCACCACAGUCGAACAAUCCCCAAAGACAUGAGGAAGAAAAUCAUGACCGGCAGUUUUGACUUUCCCGAAGACGAAUGGAGCCAGAUAUCUGAGAUGGCCAAGGACAUUGUGCGAAAACUGCUGAAGGUAAAACCAGAGGAGAGGCUGACCAUAGAGGGCGUUCUGACCCACCCCUGGCUCAACUGCACGGAGGCCUUGGACAAUGUGCUGCCCUCUGCUCAGAUGAUGAUGGAUAAGGCUGUAGUAGCAGGCAUCCAACAGGCCCAUGCAGAGCAGCUCGCCAACAUGAGGAUACAGGAUCUCAACAUCAGCCUCAAGCCGCUUAACUCCGUCAACAACCCUAUUCUCAGGAAACGGAAACUACUCGGGCCCAAGCCCACGGAUGGUUUCUUCAUUCAUGACUCUGAAAAUGGCGAUGAAGAUGCAAACAUUGCACUUGAAAAGCUCCGAGACGUCAUUGCACAGUGUAUUCUCCCCCAGGAAGGAGAAAAUGUGGACGAGAAGCUGAACGAGGUGAUGUAUGACGCCUGGAGGUUCAACAGAGACUGUAAACAGCUCAGAGACGGACUGCAGGGGCUCAGCUGGGACGGUCGAGCUUUCUCUGAUAAAGUCGACCGGUUGAAGUUGGCUGAAAUCAUAAAACAGGCGAUUGAAGAAAAGACAAAUCUCCAAGAAUCACACUAG